AUGAGCGUUAACAAUGAGAGUUCAAUGAAGCACGCUGAUUCUCAAGAAUCAGAUUGUGCUGAGAUUCUCGAUAUUAUUGACCUCGUCUUUCAUCAGGAGGACGAAGAACGAGGAACAAUAAUUCGACGCGAGCUUUCAGAAUUGAAAAGCUUGCUUGUUAACGCAGUAGAGGAUAUAGACCAUUUCCUCUACUACUUUGACAGAAUGGACCGAGCCGUGCUCGGUUCAUUUAAUGUUAAAGUAAUUGGUGACCUGAAAAAGAUCGCCGAUAAAAAAUCAGAACUUGUACGUUCUGGUAUUUUAUCUCGCAAUGGUCCAUCAGUUAGUGGAGUAGCUUUCCAAGGCAAUACCUCCAAAGAUGCCUGGAAAGUGAAUGAAAUAACUGAAAUCAAUAAAAUAAAUAUUAAUUACUUAAAUCAUUGA